AUGUCGGUGCUCAAGGCGAGACUCAAGGCGAGGAUUGCACCUCAUCUCCACCUCAGAGUUCCAUUCAAGAGCGGAAAGUAUGGCUCGCGUUGGUCGAACAAAGAUCUUGACCCUAUCCCCCCAGAACAGCGUACUUGGGGCGGCCUCGACUUCUGGGCAUACUGGUGUUCAGACAUGCUGGCUCCUCCUCUGGCGUCUACCGUUAGCAGUGUCAUGGCUCUAGGGUUCACAGCGAGAGAAACGAUUCCUAUUGUCUUCUUCGGAUUUGCCAUCUGCAGCGUGGUUAUUACACUUACCGGCAAAAUGGGUGCUACGUAUGCUGUGUCCUUUCCCGUCAUUGUUCGCAGCGUCUUCGGCAUGUAUGGCUCAUUUCCAGCCAUCUGCAUUCGGGCUUUUGUCGCCAUGAUGUGGGCUGCUAUCCUCACGGUCCAAGCCAGUAAUUUCCUCCAACGUUGCAUCGAGGCUAUAUGGCCGAGCUUUAUUACCUUUCCGAAUCACCUGUCUGAAAGCGCUGGUAUUGACUCCGCCGGACUGCUUUGCCUGUUUCUAUAUUGGUUCCUCCAAACUGGGCUGGUCCUCAUGCCGAUUCAAAAAUUGCGUGUUCUGUUUUGGAUCAAAAGCAUUGUGGUCCCACCGACAUUCUUGGCCUUGUUCAUCUGGGCUGUUGUCAUAACAAAAGGAGGCGGUCCGCUCAUCAAGGGAGAAGUAAAGAUUACCUCAACGUAUAUGAACACCGUCUACUCUGUCCUUACCGGACUCAACGCCGUCAUUGGACUCUUCUCCUCGCUCUCUGUCAACAUGCCUGAUUUCGGCAGAUUCUCCAAGAACCAGCUUGCCGGAUACCACCAGUUCCUUGCUCUACCCAUAAUCGGCACUCUGGGAGCUCUGACGCCCAUCUUCGUCACGGAUGCCCAUUCGUACCUGUGGGGAUCUUUUGAAUGGUACAUGCCAAGUGUCAUUGCCAAAUUCGACUCACGGGCCGCCAAGUUUUUCGUCUCGGCCAGCUUCCUCCUUGCGACUAUUGCCAAUCAGAUUGCAGCAGACACGUAUCCAUUUUCCAACGAUAUCACCGGUAUGCUGCCCAAGUACAUUAAUAUAUUCAGGGCCACCAUCUUCAUCUCAAUCUUCUGCAUCGCAUCCACGCCUUGGAACAUCAUCAAGAACGCAUCUGGACUACUUGCCUUUCUCAGCGGGUACUCUUGUCUUAUGGGACCUCUUGCGGGCACAAUGAUUAGCGAUUAUUACCUUGUCAAGAAGAGCAAACUCGACGUCGAUCAGCUAUACACCAGUUACGGUAUCUACUGGUACAAUGGCGGCUGGAACUGGAGAGCAUAUGCAUCUUUCAUCACCGGCUUUGCUCCUCUGUUACCAGGAUUCGCGAAAAGCAUUGACAAUAGUCUUGAUAUUGGCGGCGCUUGGAAGAUCUACACAUUCGCAUGGUUAUACGGGUUUUCCACUUCUCUCGUCACGCAUUACAUAAUCUGCACGUACAUUUCGGUACCAACAGCGUCGCUGGUGGAGUUUGCCGUGUAUCCGCCGCAGAAGGAAGGGAUAGAUACGCCUGUUCUCGAAGGUGAAGAGGUCUCGACCAUGGAAACCCCAGUCGCAAAAGCAAAGGAAGUAGCGGAGUUGGUGUAA